AUGUUAACCAAGAAGGCAAAGCUUCAUGAAACAGAAGUCAUUGCACCCGUAGAGCAGUGCUGCACCAUAAUAGGCACCAAGCUGCAACCAAAGUUGACGGAUCCCGGGAGCUUUACCAUCCCUUGUUUUAUAAAAGACAUCUUCAUGGACCGAGUCUUGUGUGAUCUUGGUGCAAGCAUCAACUUCAUGCCAUUAUCUAUCGUUAUGUACCUUUGGCUCAAGGGGAUGACAGCUUCUACAAUGAAUUUACAAUUGGCCAAUAAAUCAUUGACAUAUCCAGAAUGGGAGAUCAAGGAUGUUGUGGUUAGGGUUCACAAAUUUUCCUUUCCAAUAGACUUUAUCAUUCUUAACUGUGAGGUAGAUAAAGUUGUUUCUAUUGUCUUAGGAAGACCUUUCCUAGCUACUAGUCACACUAUCAUUGAUGUGUCAAAGGGUGGAAUUACCAUGAGAAUAAGUGAUAAACAUAUAACUUUUAGUGUCCUGGAUAACAGCUCUCACAAGGCGAUAGAGAAGUGUCAUACCAUUAGAGUGGUCAAGGAAAUCCUUUGCGGUGACAUCUCAAUUAAGGAUGACAAAAAGAUGUGGGCGUCCGAAAUAGGAAAGCAGAUGCAAGAUCUGGAUAUUCUCAUUGUUGAGUAA